AUGGAGGUUUUCAUUCAAGAAUUCUCCAUUCCGAAACAUCAGAUCCGUGAAACCGAGUGUCCGAAUCGGUACGUACUGCUGGUGCACAAAUCCUGGCUGCGUGCCCUCAGCCAAGGUAAGGUACCGAAGGAGUUCCCCACCUAUGGCCUGGCCGAUGCACUUGAAUGGCCAACGGAAAACGAAACGGGACCAUGGAGCAGAAUUUAUGCAGCCGUUUAUAAAAAGCAAAACUGCAAUGUGAUACCACUGCCGAAAAAUAAGCAUUUGCAUGGAACGACUGGUUCCGGAUCGAACGAUCUAUUACUUUCGCCCUUGAGUAGUCCGGGCGAUGGCGAAGACCCCCUACACUAUUCACAUUUGCUUCAGUACGUUUCUACCACAAAUCAUAAAAAUCUUUGGAAGGCGGCCUAUCGUAAAUAUGGUGCUUCCCGACCCGGUAACAUUCCCGCCGGCGCAAACUCAAGCAAUUCCGUUAGCAGCGCGUUCAGCGAACAGCGCGAUCUGCAUUCCGUUAUCAACCACAGUACAAAUGGUAAAAAAGUACCAACUGCCAGUGAUAUCGCUGGAACGACAGGAAACCACAUAUCAUCAGCAGCAUCUACAGCACCGGCCGGAACACCAGCCAACCAAGCAGCCGCCCUGCCACACGAUGUCGUCUUUCGGGAAGUACUCGCACGGGCAUUCGGUUGUCCUGUGUUGCAAAAUGCUACAGGGAAAGAAGACUAUGCGGGACCACAAACCCCUUCCGUGCCACUCGGUGCGGACGGUCUGUUGAGCAACGUGAACCUUUUUCCGGUGCUCGCAACCAUUGAAACUGGGGGUGCGUUUUACAUUCUGUACGAUCUCUACCUGGCGAACAAUCUGCUCGAUUGUGUAACCUACAGUCCUGCGGUCGUGGAACGAUCGUACAAUAAGCCACUGUUCAUCGUUUACCAGCUGCUGCAGCUGAUGAAAAGUUUCCACGAUUGUGGUCUCAAUCUGGGCGACGUUAGCUUGAAGGACAUCUACACUACCGAGAAUCUGUGGAUACGGGUGAUGCCGAACCUCGAAGCGAACCUGCUCGAAUACGACGAAGAGCUGAUGCGUCAAAUCGGUGAACUAAGCAUCACGAAUCCCGUACCCUCGUCGGGACUAAUGCGCAUCAGCAUGACCAAAGAACUCACCAUGAGCUACACACUGAAGGAGUAUUGCGAAAUGUGGUGUCACGGACAGCUGUCCAAUUUCGAUUACCUUACAAUCCUCAACAACAUGACGGGUCGGCGUGUGGGUUGCGCGGAAUACCACCACAUCAUGCCGUGGGUGACCGAUUUCUCAUCCCGCUCCGGGCAAGCAUGGCGCGAUUUGAAGAAAUCAAAGUUUCGCCUUAACAAAGGUGACGCACAACUCGAUCUCACGUUCCAAGCUGCGGCAACGCUUGCCGGCUCUGGAGUCCAUGACCCAACGGGCAUGUCAUCGGCCGCUAUUCCUCACCAUGUGUCCGAUGUACUGUCGGAGAUUACGUACUACGUGUACAUGGCACGACGAACCCCGAAAGCGAUACUAUGCAAACACGUUCGCCCGAUCUGGGUACCGGCCGAAUAUCCGGCCACAAUUCAGCGUCUUUUCGAGUGGACGCCGGAUGAAUGCAUUCCAGAGUUCUUCACUGACCCGUCCGUGUUUAAGAGCAUCCACGAAGAUUUACCCGAUCUGGAAAUACCGAGCUGGUCGAGCUGCCCGGAAGAUUUCGUGCUAAAGCACCGUGAGCUGCUGGAAAGCCAGUACGUGUCCGAACGGCUGCAUCACUGGAUCGAUCUUACGUUUGGCUACAAACUGACCGGGGCGGCUGCAGUGCGUUCGAAGAAUGUGUGCCUCUCACUGGUCGAUAAGCAUCAGAACCUUUGCCACCGGGGCGUAGUGCAAUUGUUCGCCUGUCCACAUCCAUUACGACAGUUUCCUACAGCCUGGAACGGUAAAACACCGCCCCGGUUGCAGCAUCUACAGCAUGAAACAAAUCGCCGCCUAACACGCAGCACCGAAGACCUCACGAGGUAUCCUCAAUUAAACGAUGGCACAUCGACCGUUUCCACCAUGCAACGGGAUCGUUCGCCAGCGGCCGUCCCGGGACCGACUUCCUAUCGACACUCCACACAGAACCUUCAGCAGCAGUAUCACGUGCUCAAGUCGUCCGAAUCAAGCUACCACAUUAACCACAUACAGCCCAAAUCGCCCGGCACAAUCAUUCUACCAAAGAGUUACAACCCGAUCGCUCAACUGACGGCCGUAGAAAGUCUGGGCACGUUUCGUCGAAAGGUGUUCCACUCGGGCAUUGGUGGCGAAACGAGCAAGCAGCUCGACGAGUAUGAUCUCUGGUGUUCGCGCAUGGACGCACGUCCAACCUUGCUCGGUGGUAAUGCAUUUGUGAACAGAAUUUUCAGCGAAACGUACGAACGAACGCUAGGCAAAGAUCGGCCUGGCGCAUUGCCCACACAAUCAUUCCCCUCUCUACAGCAGCAAGCAACUGCCGCCCGACAGAAUCUCAAGCAAUUGCUCCUACAGCAACGUACGAAAGAUCUCAAAGUGUUAGGGUGUCUGGUGGUGGAGUUGUUUCUUGCACCGAAGCUACUACCCUUGGGAAGCUGUCUGCGGCAGGAAUUUGACGAAAGACUCGAUGCCUGCACGAGACUGGUCACCGAUGAACCGCGAUCACUUCCACCCUGCCUACUGCCGAUCGUGCGCCAACUGCUCGGUCUGGAGGAGAACCCGGACCUGUCGGGAGUGACGAAUCGGGGCCUUCCGCCUCCCACACCCCAUCAGUACCUGCAGCCACUGCUUGCAAAUUUACUCAUACCAUUCCCAGCGCAUUAUCACCGGCUCUACCAGACGGUGCGUGCCUUACGGGCCUUCGACGAGUGUCUACAGUUGCUUGAGUUGCAAACAUUCUUCGAAUGUGAUGGUAAAAGCUGCUCGCGAUAUGCCGCGCUCGAUCGAACGCGCAUCGAGUACCGACGAUUGAUUGCCGAGUGUAAGGUAAAUGCUUGUGUCGCUCUUGUCGAUCCACUGCUGCAACCCAGCGGACACAGCGAUCAAUUCUCCGCAGUGGAACUACUUCUGCCGCAUAUCGUUGAGUUGAUCCUACAUGACGACACCUCGAUUCCAGCCGCUUGGAAUCUGUUCGAUGCGAUAGCGACCACGCUGGGCGUUCGGCGGACACAGAAAUCGUUGCUACAACCGAUACUGGCACUGUACGACUCCGAUGAGAUGGACACGGCAGUCGGCUCAUCAAGACCGCAAGGUGGCACGGGUGGUAAAGACGGCACCGCGUUCGGUACCAAUGCGAUGACGAUGAUGAUGGCACCCGGCGAAGGAGAACCCUCCUCGUACCUGAAGUUUACACCACGAAACACUUCGUUCAAGUCGAAAAAAUCGGUCAAACUGUACCACCACAGUUUUCUGCUCAAGUUGAUCGUGCGCUUUGGGUUGCGCUGCUUUCUGGAACACUUUGUCGUGCCGCUUAUCGAAGCAGUCGGUGGAUAUAGGGAUGGUGAUUUUAACCAAUCGUAUCACGUACACGAACCCGUCUGGCCCUUCGGUGGGGAAUUCCGCAAGUCCCGUUCGUACCGGAGCUUUAAGCUUCACAAUACCACCACCACCACCGUGGAGGAUGGUUCAACCGAUGCCGACCCGGCAUCCGUGUCCAACACACUCGUAUCGCCCAAUUGUUCCGAUCGUACGAUCUCACCCACGGUCGCUGGUCGACCCGGAUACAAUCCGCUAGACGAGGAGGAACUGCUGACGGUGGACACACCGAACAGUGCGGUGAAACUGCACGACAACGAACAGAUGUUUGCGUUCGAUGAAGAUCCACAGGCAAAGCGACGAUCGACCAUCACGCUCGAGGAUGACGAUGCGGUGGAGCAUGCAAUGCGCCGCAUCAUAGACGAUGAAGAGCUCGACUUAAAAUUGAACCACUCGCAGGCAGAGGAAGCGUUUGAAGAUGUGAUAGCAGCGGGGCAAAGCAGUGACCUAAAGUCGCCCACCAUUCCCAUACCGCCGACGCCUUCCUUCAGGCGCAGCAUUGAGUUCCACUCGAUAGGGUGUGAAAUUGGUAGCAAAAAGAGCAUCGAUUCUGGCGAGUUCCUUCCGAAGACGCCGGACUUAACGGCGGGUGGUAAAGAAGGCACAUCAUCUGUCGCAGCGGGACCUUCAACGGCUAGCAGCGAGGGCCGCCGGGAGUCAUUGGCCGGAACGGGACUUUUGAAUCGCUCCAAAUCGACCGACUCCAACAAGACGCGUUCGAAUCGUAUCUCGGAAAUGAGUUCCGAAAGCAUUAUCUGGCUGUCGCAUCGACUGGGUCCGGUACUGACCGCACGCUACCUUUCCCGGAAUCUGCUUAAGAUGCUCACACUCUGUUAUAUCGGUGCGGAGAACCUUUUCCCCAGUGCGGACGGUAGCCAGCCGAACCGUUCAUCGCCGACAACCAGCAGCGGUCCGACGGGACUAAACCAUUUCUCCAUCACAGAGGGAUGUGUGGUUGGCGAUGAAGCGGCCCUACGUGUUAUCGACUGUCUGACCUCUAUAUCGGCCCUGUUCGGUGAGCAUUUCAUUUUGGUGCAAUAUCUACCACACAUUAGCGAGGUGAUCGCACUCUGUCGGAAGCGGAUUACACCCACCCUGGAAGGAGGACUGAUCAGUGCGCUGCAACUGCUCAAAUGUCUCAUUCCGUACCUCAACGAUUCGACCGUGAUGGAGCAACUGCCGGAGGUGUUUCUACGCCAGAUCCUACACCCGGCGGUACGAUUGCUCGAGUCCUCCAAGUAUACCAUGCCGAGCGGAUUCCUGGCCCGGUCCGUGCUGUCCCGCAAGCUGAUCGAUGCGCUUUACGUUAUUUCGGUGCGCAUAGGGCGUGAAAUGACACGCGAACACAUCUGUGUGCCGGGAUUGCAACGGUUUUUCCUGAUCUUUGAUAAAGCGUACGCACGGCAGCAGGAACACUUUUCGUCGAUCGUCGCGGAAACGACGCAAGUAGAUCCACCGUUUGGUAGCUUUACGCCACCGGGCGUACUGGGCAGUGCCUCCGAUCCGGUCCACGGUCAGGGUAAUUCCCGUGCCAAAGCGAUGGAAGAGAUACGGGAUGUGUUUACGCCGAAUUUGGCGUAUUUCACCUUCGUACCCUUCCUAAACUAUCUUGGCCAGCAGGAUAUGAGUCGCUGCGUAACCAAUCUGCCGCUCAUAUUAAAUCUCUGCCACGAGCACGAACAGAUGGAUUAUGGCCGGACGGGAACUAACGCCUCAGGUGAUCACGGUUCGAUGCAACCGGGAGCAAUGGCAACGGACGAAGAGCAGAUGGAUUCAUUGAACUGCUCCAACAGUUUCGGUUCCAACAUCGUCGGGAAUCGCAUCGAGUCGUCGGCCGGUACCGGGCCGGGAAGAAUUGAACACAAAGACCUGCUCGGAUUGGUAACGUAUCGGCUCGAUAAUGUUAACAGCUCACGCAACCUGCGUGGUAACUGGCUGGCGUAUUGGGAACACGAGAUUGGACGAUCGGAAAAGGACGCUCGGUUCAAUUUGAAGCAGAUUAAGCUGCAAACGUACACCGGCCAUUCGAACUCCAUCAAAGCAGUGCUAGCGCUGGACAAUGAGAACAGCUUCAUUUCGGCCUCGAAAGACAAAACGGUAAAGCUGUGGUCAUUGCGCAGUGAAGGUGACGGUUCGAAGGUAUCCUCUUGCCAGUUUACGUACGCGAACCAUCGCAAAUCGGUACACUCUUUAGCGUUCCUCGAAGCUCUACGGUUAACGAUAUCGUGCGAUUCCGGUGUGCAUCUGUGGGAUCCAUUCGUGGGUGCUCAAAUAGGUCAGCUUGAUGUGCCGAAACAUUCGCCCGUGUCUGUGGUAAAGACAUUUCCCUCGCCCAACUGUCUGGUGUUGGCUGGAACCGCUGAUAGCACCGUGAAGCUUAUUGAUGCGCGUACCUUUAGCUACUGUCACGAGUGGAAGGUGGCACUAACGCCAGCCGGCACUGUACGCACGAUCGCCGUCGCGCCCAGCGGAAAUUGGGUGGCGGUUGGCCUUACCUCCGGACACAUUGGAGUGCUGGAUGCGCGUACGGGUGGUAUUAUAUCGUCCUGGCGUACCAACGAUAACGAUCUCCUCCAACUAUUAGCACCGAACGAUGGUCAGCUUGUCAGUUCAAGCCUUGACCAGAUGAUAGGUGUGUGGAGCCCCACCACCGGUCAUCUACAGUUCCAUAUGAGAAAUCGUCCCGAGCCGGCCCACUGCAUGGUGAACAAUGGGCCGGAAUUGAUCGUAGGCACACCGACAAACCGUAUCGGGGUGUACAGUGCAAUCGAACCAGAUUCACCCUACUCGUACACCAAACUGCGCUCGGAAACGUUCCGCGGUGUGUUGACCAGCUUUGCCCUGUUGCCGCUCAACCGGAUGAUGCUCGUCGGCGGUGACAAUGGUACCAUUACGCUAUUAUGUUAAGAUCUGACGAAACAGUAGCUGCUUAUCAGUAGUGAUAUUAUUACCAAUAGCUAUAAAGGAACGGCGUCCUAUAUUUUUUUUUGAAAAUUAAGUAACUUCUUACUUAAUAAAUUAAAGUUGCGUGUGU